UCUCUGAGGGCCGUGGGUAGACGCCAUUUUGGCCCCAGAGGUGCUUCUGGGAAGUUGGGCGCGAUUCUCCUUCACUUUGCCGGCCGGUGAGGCGCGGCCCUGUGGAGUAGCUGGCGUUUCCUGGGCGAAGCGUCGGCCGCCCGCCCGCCCGCCGCCGGCUUCUCCGGAGUCUCGGGCGAGGCAGAAGCGCGCCGCGGCGGAGAGAGGUCACUCGGCCAGGAAGGACGUGACGGGGGCGGCGCGUGGCGCGGACACUCCCCGCCGAGAGCCCGCCUGCCAUGGACUCGGAGUACUACAGCGGGGACCAGUCAGAUGAUGGUGGUGCAACCCCAGUACAGGACGAGCGGGAUUCAGGGUCAGAUGGUGAGGAUGGUGUAACCGAGCAGCACUCCGGAUCCGACACUGGAAGUAUAGACCACCACUCAGAGAAUGAAACUAGUGAUAGAGAAGAUGGCUUGGUCAAGAUACAUAAUGGAACAGACUCUGAGAAUGAUGAACCUUCCAAUGCUAAUGCCAGUGACUCUGAAAGUGAGGAGCUUCACAGGCCAAAGGACAGUGACUCUGACUCUGAGGAACAUGCAGAGUCUCCAGCCAGUGAUUCUGAAAAUGAAGCUGUCAACCAACAUGGGAGCGACUCUGAAAAUGAAGAGCUCCUUAAUGGGCAUGCCAGUGACUCUGAAAAGGAAGAGGUUAGAAAGCAUACAGCCAGUGACUCUGAAACUGAGGACCCUCUGCAGCCUCAGGUCAGCGAGUCUGACAGCGAAGAUCCCCCAAGGCCCCAGGCCAGUGACUCAGAAAAUGAGGAGCCUCCCAAACCUCGGAUAAGUGAUUCAGAAAGUGAGGAGCUCCCCAAACCCCGGAUCAGUGACUCAGAAAACGAGGAUCCCCCAAGGCCCCAGGCCAGUGACUCGGAAAGCGAGGAGCUCCCCAAACCCCGAGUCAGUGAUUCAGAAAGUGAGGAUCCCCCAAGGCCCCAGGCCAGUGACUCGGAAAGCGAGGAGCUCCCCAAACCCAGAGUCAGCGACUCAGAAAGUGAGGACCCUCAGAAAGGACCUGCUAGUGAUUCUGAAGCUGAGGAUGCCUCCAGGCACAAAGAAAAGCCAGAAUCAGAUGACAGUGAUGGGGAGAAUAAGAGAGAAGAUUCUGAAGUGCAGAAUGAGUCAGAUGGCCAUGCAGACAGAAAAGGACUCCACAGCUCUGACAGUGAGGAGGAAGAACCCAAAAGGCAAAAAAUUGACAGUGAUGAUGAUGAAGAAAAGGAGGGGGAUGAGGAGAAAGUAGCGAAGCGGAAGGCUGCUGUGCUUUCUGAUAGUGAGGAUGAUGACAAAGCCUCAGCAAAGAAGAGUCGAGUUGUCUCUGAUGCUGAUGACUCUGAUAGUGAUGUUGUAUCAGACAAGUCAGGCAAAAGAGAGAAGACAGUAGCGUCUGACAGUGAAGAAGAAGCCGGGAAAGAAGAGCCUUCUGUAAAGAAGAAGGAAGAGAAGGAUCUGUUUGGGAGUGAUAGUGAAUCAGGCAAUGAAGAAGAAAAUCUUAUUGCAGAUAUAUUUGGAGAAUCUGGUGAUGAAGAGGAAGAGGAAUUUACGGGUUUUAACCAAGAAGAUUUGGAGGAAGAGAAAAACGAAGCACAGCUAAAAGAAGCAGAAGAUUCUGAUUCCGAUGAUAACAUAAAGAGAGGCAAGCAUAUGGACUUUCUGUCAGAUUUUGAGAUGAUGUUACAACGAAAAAAAAGCAUGUGUGGCAAACGCAGACGAAAUCGAGAUGGGGGCACUUUUAUUAGUGAUGCAGAUGAUGUUGUGAGCGCCAUGAUUGUCAAGAUGAAUGAAGCUGCUGAGGAAGACAGACAAUUGAAUAAUCAAAAAAAGCCAGCUCUGAAAAAAUUAACUUUAUUGCCUACUGUGGUUAUGCACCUUAAAAAGCAGGACCUUAAAGAAACAUUUAUUGACAGUGGUGUGAUGUCUGCCAUUAAAGAAUGGCUCUCACCUCUACCAGAUAGGAGUUUGCCUGCACUGAAGAUUCGGGAGGAAUUGUUAAAGAUUCUGCAAGAGCUACCUAGUGUGAGCCAAGAGACCCUGAAGCAUAGUGGGAUUGGCCGAGCAGUGAUGUAUCUGUAUAAACACCCUAAGGAGUCAAGGUCCAACAAGGACAUGGCAGGGAAGCUCAUCAAUGAGUGGUCUCGGCCCAUAUUUGGUCUUACCUCAAACUAUAAAGGAAUGACAAGAGAAGAAAGGGAGCAGAGAGAUCUAGAACAAAUGCCACAGCGACGAAGAAUGAGCAGCACUGGUGGUCAGACACCACGAAGAGACCUGGAAAAGGUACUAACAGGAGAAGAAAAGGCUCUUAGGCCUGGAGAUCCUGGCUUCUGUGCCCGUGCAAGAGUCCCAAUGCCAUCAAACAAGGACUAUGUUGUCAGGCCCAAGUGGAAUGUAGAAAUGGAGUCAUCCAGGUUUCAGGCAUCCUCCAAGAAAGGUAUCAGUCGACUGGAUAAACAGAUGAGAAAGUUCACAGAUAUCAGGAAAAAAAGCAGAUCUGCACAUGCAGUGAAAAUCAGCAUCGAGGGCAAUAAAAUGCCAUUGUGACCUUGCCUGGGACGUGUCCCCAUCUCUUUAAAAAAAAAAAAUGCACAGUGGACUAUGGAGAAAGAAGAUAAUUUUAAAUGUUUUAGUGUGUCUCUAAAUGGUUCCAUUUGUAUCAUCUGUUGUUGUAGGACUAACAUUUCUCUCUGUUGUAUUUAAGACCAGUUGUCUGCUUUGUACAGAAGAGUACUUACUACUCCUGCUUCUAUCAACUGUAUGUAAUAAAAUUUCAUUAUGGUUUUG